AUGACACAUGCCCUAAAGACGGCCGACACCAAGAUCCUGGUGACCCUGCCUGGCUCCAUCGAGGCAGCUGUCGCAGCGGCCAAGGCUGCAGGUGUUCCUAGGUCGCAUGUCCUGCUCCUCGAGGGUGAAGCACCUGGGUUCAAGAGCAUACAAGACCUGAUCCGGCAAGGCCAGUCUUUACCACCGGCGGAUGUAUACCAUAUACCCCAUGGGCAGACGAACAAAGACAUAUGCGGCUACCUCAACUUCAGCUCCGGGACAACCGGCUACCCCAAGGCCGUCAUGCUCAGCCACCACAACAUCAUCGCCCAGUGCCUCCAGCUGCGGCAGCUCCAGGUCCUCCCCGCGGACGGGCAGUACCGGACGAUUGCGGUCAUGCCGCUCUUCCACAUAACCGGGCUCGUGCGCUUCAUCACGUACCCGGUGUUCAUGAACGGCGAGUGCUUCAUGCUCCCCAGCUUCGACAUGGAGACGAUGCUGGAGACCAUCGUCGCCCACCGCAUCGAGGAGCUCAUCUUCGUCCCGCCCAUCCUGAUCCGCAUCGUGCGCGACCCGCUGGUCGAGCGGCACCUGCCGCGGCUGCGACAGGUCGUCAAGAGGUUCUCGUCCGGGUACGCGCACACGGGGGGGAAGCUCGUUGCGAACACCGUGGCCAAGGUGGUUGACCUGGCUGACCCGUCCAAGCUGCUCGGGCCGGGCGAGACGGGUGAGAUCUGUGCCCGGGGCCCGCAGAUUGCGAUGGGGUAUCUUGGGAACCCGGAGGCCACGGCCGAGUCUUUUGAUGAGGAGCGAUAUCUGCAUACUGGUGAUGUUGGUCAUAUAGACGCAGAAGGGCUCCUGCAUAUUGAAGACCGCAUAAAGGAGAUGAUUAAAGUCAAGGGGAUACAGGUCGCGCCGGCGGAGCUGGAAGACUUGUUGCUUGGGCAUGAUAUGGUUGAGGACUGUGCAGUCUUGGGUAUUAGAGACGAGUAUGCUGGUGAGAGGCCGAAGGCGUACGUGGUGGUCAAGAGUGGGGUGAGCCCGACCGAGGAGUUGGGCAGAACCUUAUUGAGGUAUGUUCGAGGGCGCAAAGUCCGCUACAAGUGGCUGGCCGAGCUGGAGUUCGCGGAGAGUAUCCCCAAGGGACCCACUGGGAAGCUGUUGAGAAGGCUGCUCAAGGCAAGCGACCAGAAAGCCGGUAGGUCGAAGGGGCUGUGCGUCAGAGACAACAGCGACAGAGCGAAGUUAUAG